UGUGCCUUUCUGUGUCGGCCAUUUUGUAGUUUCCUUGAGAAAUUGUGUUGAGUUGAUUCUUCUUCUCGGUAAGAAUUUAACGAAAUUAUAAAACGUCGACUUGCGUAUUAAUGCGGUUAGUGUAGGGGAAUAGGUGUACGUGAAAAUGACUAACGAUUAAAUAAAGGGAGAAGAGAAAAAAAGGGUGCGUUUAGGUGGAAGAUUACAGCCGUGGUGCGUGGGGAAUCCUCGCAGCACGGGUCGACAAUCCCUUCUGAGAAUGAGGCAGUAAACGAAUAAAUACGUCUGUGGACUUGGUGCAACAACGACUUUGAUAAAGAACGCAUGGGAUACAGAAGCGUUACGAAAUGAAUGGUGAUUUCGGUAACGACAUUCCAUACGCAUAGUGUUACUUCCGGAGUGGUUGUCACCUUUGCCUUGCGUGCGUGAUCAUUACUACUAGAGCCCGGCCAACGUCUCACUCUAUAUUUGGCCAGUCGCAUCCAACAUAUUGCAUAUCUUGUCCUUUCAAAAUUAUCACUUUUCACGUUGUCGCUGAUGCGUAUAGUCUGCAACGAGGGUAUUUAACAAUAUUAUCCAGUGUGAACGUUCGAAUCUUCAGUGCACAAGUGAUUGCGCGACGACGAAUCUAUUUUACGGGUACGUGUACAUGAAUGGGGACAUUGGGAAGCUCCCUCCAGGGGCGGUUUACCCAGCCACCCCUGAACCUAUGGGUUCAGUUGGGGGUACAGUUGUCACAACUGCCUCCAGUUUAGACUAUAGUGUCAUGAACGGAGGACCAACGCCAGGCGAGCUGAUGAUUGACCCAAGCAUGGGUGCUAUAGAGCCUUCUGCCCAGCAUUCAAUGGGAUUAGGUGGUGCUGUUAGCGUUGGAUACGCACCUGUUGAAGUUGCUCCUUUAACUGAUGUCCAAGUGCCACCAACUUCAAUGGCAGACUUGCCUAACUCCGGCAUUCCUUUAGAACAACUAAAGCAGAUGCUCUCUUCGCAGCUUGAAUAUUAUUUUUCCAGAGAAAAUUUAGCCAAUGAUACAUAUUUAUUAUCACAAAUGGAUAAUGAUCAAUAUGUACCCAUAUGGACGGUAGCGAACUUUAAUCAAGUAAAGAAAUUAACAAAAGAUAUAAAGUUAAUAACUGAAGUCUUGAGAGAGUCGCCAAAUGUUCAAGUAGACGAAGAAGGACAAAAAGUUCGACCAAAUCAUAAACGAUGUAUAGUUAUUCUACGGGAGAUUCCAGACAGUACGCCUCUGGAAGAAGUCAAAAAUUUAUUCUCAGGAGAAGGAUGUCCACGGCUUAUUUCGUGUGAGUUUGCUCACAAUAGUUCCUGGUACGUAACUUUCGAAUCAGAUGAAGAUGCUCAGAAGGCCUAUAGGUUUCUGCGAGAAGAAGUUAGAGAAUUUCAGGGAAAGCCAAUAAUGGCUCGUAUAAAAGCUAAACCAAUGAACAGGCUACCGAUUCCUUCGGUGGCUGGAGUCGGUGGAAUCAAAAACGGGUACCGAACUCCACCACCUCCACCAGUUUUUGAUCCAAGUAGUUAUCCACCUGGUCAACAACGUUUCUUAUACACUAAUGGUACCACGAUGCCGCCACAAACUACUAUACCGCCAUAUCCUAAUCAAGUCCACCUUUACCAUCAACCAUUUUAUCCUGCUUCAAUGAUGCACUGGGGUCCUGCAAGUCCGGCUUACUUUGACAUGGCUACCGGUGUAUUCACAAUGAAUGGAAUUACUCCGCACAAUUCAUUUAAACCACACACAAGGUUUACUCCAAGAAGUAAUAGAAAUAAACAUAGAAAUGUAUCGGAUAGAAAUAGUGGGCCAAUGGACAGUGGUGGUGGUAAUAGUGGUGGAAUGGUACAUAUGGGUCGAGUGAAUCAUCCACCAAAGAGUGGAGGUGGCGGUGGUGGUUCAGGAGGUGUUGGUAGUGGUGGUGGAGGAUCAAAUUCAGUACCAAUGGUAGCAGUGUUUACAACAAAUCAUCCGACGUCAAAACCAACGUCAUCCUCUUAUCAAGUUGGUGGCACAAAGUUUCACUCUUCACAUGCGGCUUCAGCAUCGGGAGAGACGCAAUAUGCGAGUAGUCACGUUGCCAAGGUUACGCCGGAGAAUGAAACGCAGAAUACGGAUGCUCCAGGUGUCCAAUAUCCUCGUCAUCGCAUUCACCGCAGAACCAAAGAUCAAGAUGGAAUGAUGUCAAAGACGAAUAAUAGUGCAUUGCCGUCGAUCCGUGAAAGUGGUGCUGGUGGUAGUGGAUCUUCCACGUCGGCAUCAAGCAACAGCAACAAUUCACAGCAUUACAACCGAAAUGUAGUUCAAUUCGACUUGGAGGCAUCGGCAUUUCCACCUCUUCCAGGCUUAGAUGCCGAUCCAACCAAGUCUCACAACGUCACGACGGAGCCUGGUACGACUGUUGACAGUCUUCAAUCCCAAAAUAGGCUAUCAGACGUUGUCAAAGGUACCGCCAAGAUGAAAGGCACAAAGGAGAAAGAAACAAUGUCCAGCAGCAACCAGCAGAUCAUCAAUAGUAGCAGAUCUACCAGUCCUGGAUCCAGUGCUAGUGGUCAAGCAGCGAUAGAUAAUAUCUCUGCUACUAUUGGCAAUACUAGCUCAUCGGUUUCUUCGAAUGCUGCUGUUACUGCUGGUGCUGUUAGCUCCAAUACCUCUGUUUCAACAGACAUCACGCUCAGCACCGUCACCCUCACUCCUCCGUCAUCUCCGGAUAAAUCUAUAAAGACUGAUGACUCGAACAUGGUGAAUGGUGUGGACGAGGCCAUAAGAGCAAAUACGCAUGCUGCAGAAAAGUCUGAACCAGUAACGAGGUGCGGUUGUGACAUCCCUACUGUCCUACAGAAUCCUCAGUCACAAACUGGAGUGGCCUCGGCCUUUCCCUUAGAACUCAAUAAGCCGAGCUAUGCCCAAGUAGCUCAACACUGUCGUGAGCAACCUUGUACGAAACACAAAGUAGAAGAAAAAGAAGGAAGCGAAUAAAUUGAUAUAUAUAACUGCAAUUCAUAAGAAAUAGCAGUUAAUUUCAUCAUUUGGAACUAAAUGGAUUCAUUAUCGCUUCUAAAAAUAAAAUAAUGGACAAAAUGAACUAAUAAAAUAGUGGUUGUACAAGUGGGCGUAACAACAAAAAACUUUUUACAUUGUACAGUGACUUUGCCUAUUCUGAGUGUGGUAUUAUUUGUUAAUAACGGAUUCUAAUAAAAAAUUCAACAAUAAGGGUCAAGAAAAAGCUAUAAAAAAUGUUUAAAAAUGAAAAAAAAGUAGAUAUAGAGAUAAUUGGAGAUAACGAAUGAACAAUAAUGAAUAUUAAACGAUUAAUCAUUUUGCGCAAAUUAAUAAAAAUUUCAAACAACUUAAAGUACACUAUUGCUGACAGGAUAAUACAUUGCUUUCAGAGUAUCGGUAUUGCUUUGGUUCUGUGAUUUUGGAGGUACAUAUUUAAUAGUUUUUAAAGAGAAAAACAUUAACAUAAGCUUUUAAUGAUUUUAUUCCUUGUUUUCCCACUUUGUGAAACCGAAAGGCUGUAAAGUGAUGGAAAGAUGAUAAGUUUUAGCUUUGUGCCAAAACCCGAAAUCACGAGCACACAGUGUAUAAUCUAAAGCAACGAAUGUGUAAUUAGUAAUGCGAUUGAAAUGGGAGUAAAUAACGAAUUUCAUUCAAUACCAGUUCUCUCGUGCUAAUAAUGUUUUAAGCAACUGUGUUAAAGUGUGAAUGAUUUUCAGUUUCUUUCUAUAAACGAUGAGUUUAUUUUAUAUGAAAAGAUUUUUUCAAUAUUUUUGUGUCCAUACUGGUGGUUAAUUUUUUCUGAUUUUUUUAAUUACACGAAUGAUUUAUUCUUUAUUUUUAAGACAUGACUAUUGUUUCGAACAUUUCUCAGUUUUUCAUUAGGGUCAAUGAACGUUUUAUUUAUGAUCACAAGAAUUUAUUUGUUUGAUUGGGAUAGUAUAAUUAUUUUUCAUAAACAAUGAAAAACGCUGCACAAAAAUAUUUCUUCAAUUAUUUUGUGUAGAGAAAAUAAUAAGAGAAAUAAGGGAAAUUUUUCUCACUAACUGACUUCCAUUAAUAAAAAUUAAAAAUUUAAAUAAAAUUGACCGUCAUAAGGCUAUGUAUGAUUUGAAUGAUACAAGGUUAGUGCACAUGACAAAUGAAGACAAAUACAAAAUAAGAAUUAAUCAGUUAACAAAAUUAACAAACGUAUCCGGUGAUUAUAAUGUGACAAAACAAAAAUAGUAUUCCAAAAAAAUACUAAUAGUCGUUGGUUUUCGUCACAUUCUUUAGACUUUGCUUGUUACUUGUUUUUGCAUAAAUUACAAAUAAUUAUGGCACAGGCUUUUUAUUUUAUAAAAAUAUUGUUAUAAAACAAUUAACAUACAAUUUAGAAUAUUAUGCUUUUGGCAAGUAACAUAAAUGAAGUGAUGUCUGACGACGGACUACGGUAUAUAUAUUAAACAUAAAUAUAUAUAUAUAUACAUACAAACAUAUAUAUAUAUAUAUAUAAAUAUAUAUUUGAGCACACAAUUAAGUGCCUCAAGUGUUAUUGUAUAUUACAGGAGCUUGGCUUUAGAUGUUAUAUGAUUAUAUGUAAACUACAUUAAACAUCUUAGCAAGUAAAAAAUAUAAAAAAUAAAUUGAUAAAAACUACGCAUAUGAUAUAUUUGUUACUGAUAUGCGUACAGAAUUGAAAAAUGAAUAUUACAGUGAGUAAGAAAUAAAAAAAAAUGACAAACAAUAAAAAUAAAAUAAAAAAUAAUAUUAAAUUGAGUAUAAAUGGAUAUAAGUAAAAAAAAAAAAUACGAUUUUCUGAUUAAGUAAAAAAAUAAUGGAUAUGUGGAUUAAAAUUUAAAUGUAAACAAUUGUCAUAUUAAGUUAGUUAAUGCUGCCUUUUAAUUUUUAUUACAUUUCUCGAUGAAACCUCAUCCGUUUGUAUAUGUAAUCGUUCACUAAUAAGAAUAUUGAUGAUUGAGAAACAGAAUUAGAAAUAUUAUUCAAUGAACGAAAAUAAUAGAAAGCUAUUUAGAAAAUGAAAAAGAGAUGCGAAAAGAGUAAAAAAUGAGUACGGAGUAUAAAAUAAUUAAAAAUAAUACGUGCCUAUUUAUGAGGUAACGCUACCUUGCAAAUUCCUUCUUCUUAAUAAGAAUAAAAGAAAAUGAAAAAAUGAAGUAAAAGAUUUAAAAACUCAAAGUUACCGAAUUAACAGAACAUAAAAAAAAUAUUAAAAAUAACAUAGACAAUGUGUAUGCACUUAAAAAUAAACGUAUUGUGAACAGCAUUUAAUCUUAAUAAAAUUUAAACAAAAUGCAAGGUUUGCAAAGAGGGAGAGAAAGAGAAACAAUUAAACGAUAAAAAUGCUAUCUUCGUUACUCCAUAU